AUGGCUUCCAACUUCUCCCUGCGGCGUGCCACGCAGCACGACGUCGAGGCCCUCUGCGACGCCUACUUGUCGGCGUUUCGCGACGAAAUCUUCAGCCGCCAGGUCUUCCCGCGAGACGGCUCGUCCACGGGGAGGGAGUACUGGCGACGCGCCUUUGCGGAGGAGCUGCGCGAGCCGGACGCCACGUUCCUCGUCGCCGUGGAGCGAUGUCGCGGCGACGGUGACGAUGAGUCCGCGACGGGUGAUGGUGAUGAGCGUGCGGCGCCGGAGGAUGAAGCGGUCGUGGGCUUCGUGAAAUGGGUUGCCCCCGGCGCGCCGACGCAUGACUUCUCCGAGGACGGGUAUCCGCCUGAUGGACUGCCUGACGUGGCGGCGUUGUACUACAAGAAACUGUUUGAGGGCCACCAGCGAUGCGUGGGCGCCAUGCCGCACUGGUAUCUGGACAUGGUGGGCGUGCGGCAGGAGGCCAUGGGCAAGGGCACGGCGAGGCAGCUCAUGGAAUGGGGCCUCGAGAAGGCCGCGCGCGACAGCGUGCCGUGCUUCGUCGAGUCGACGGGCGAUGCGCAGGCCUUUUACGAGCGCUUUGGGUUCAGAGAGGUAGACAAGAUGAGCGUCGACACGCCCCAAGGCGAGGCAGUGGUUGUCUUUAUGCUGAGGGACGUAGCACCCAACGGCUAG